AUGAAGCUCCUCUUUGCAGCCACCUUUGCACUCUUUGUGCUCUCAUCCUUGCUGGACGGGGCGCAAUCGUCCUACUCGGCCUACGACAAGAUUGUGGCGCACAGCCGCAUCCGGGCCAGGGACCAAGGGCCCAAUGUCUGCGCUUUGCAGCAAGUCAUGGGGACCAGGAAGAAGUACUUCAGCACUUGUCGCAAUUGGUACCAAGGCUCCAUCUGCGGAAAGAAAGCGAUGGUCCUUUACGAGUGCUGCCCAGGGUAUAUGAAGUUGGACGGAAUGCGCGGUUGCCCUGCAGUGGCCCCAAUCGACCACGUGUACGGCACGCUGGGUAUGGUGAAGGCCCUUUCGACCCAGAGAUACGCCGACGUCUCCAAACUGAGGGCCGAGAUCGAGGGAUCUGGCUCGUACACCUUCUUCGCACCCAGUAAUGACGCUUGGGACCUUUUGGCUGAUGACAUGCGGGCCGCGCUUGUCAGCAACGUCAACAUCGAGCUGUACAACGCCCUGCGUUACCACAUGGUCAACAAACGCCUCCUCACCAAAGACUUGCGCAACGGCAUGACGGUGACCUCCAUGUACAACGACCUGGGACUGCUCAUCAAUCACUACCGUAACGGGGUGGUGACGGUCAACUGCGCCAGGAUCAUCCACGGAAACCAGGUGGCCACCAACGGCGUCGUCCACGUCAUUGACCGCGUGAUCAGCGCCGUCGGGAGGUCGAUUAGGGACGUUAUCGAGGUUGAAGAUGAACUGUCGACGCUGAAUGAUAUUGCAGUCAAUUCUGGAUUGUUGGACAAGCUGUCUCAGGCCGGGCAUUUCACUCUCUUCGCCCCCACCAACGACGCCUUCGACAAGCUGGGAGGCGACGUGCUGGAAAGGCUCCAGAGCGACAAGCAGGUCCUCCAAGCUCUUCUGAAUUUCCACCUCCUGGACUCGGUACAGUGCUCUGAGGCCAUCAUGGCCGGGACUUCUUACGAGACCCUGGAAGGCAAUAACAUUGAAAUCGGCUGCGACGGCGAGAGCUUGACCGUCAACGGCAUUAAGAUGGUGCUCAAGAAGGACAUUGUCACAACCAAUGGCGUCAUCCACCUCAUUGACCAGGUCCUCAUGCCAGACUCAGCCAAACAGGUGAUGGAAUUAGUAGGAAGUUCCCAGUCCACCUUUGGUGACAUGGUCUCCGAGCUAGGUCUGUCAGCCGCCAUGAGGCCUGAAGCCGAGUACACUCUCCUGGCCCCUCUCAACGUUGCCUUCAAUGAUGAGGUGAUGUCUAUGGAUCAGAGGACGCUUAAAUUUAUCCUGGAGAACCACAUCCUGAAGAAUAAGAUCAUUCUGGGACAGUUGUACAACGGCCAGACGCUGGAGACCAUCGGCGGAAAGCUCCUGAGGGUGUUCAUCUAUCGCACAGCGGUGUGCAUUGAGAACUCCUGCUUGAUCAGAGGCAGCAAGGAAGGAAGCAACGGAGCGCUCCAUCUUAUGAGGAGCUUCCUCAAACCGGCCGAGAACUCAAUGUAUGAGAUUCUGAGAGAUAACGGCGGGUUCAAGAUCUUUUUGUCUCUGAUGGAAGACGCCGGUCUCACAGACUUAUUGAGACAGGAGGGGGAUUUCACAUUAUUCGCUCCGACUGACAAGGCUUUUGCCGGUUUGAAGGACAGAGAUUUCCAGCUUCUUAAGAGUGACAUCAACGUUCUCAGAACCAUCCUUCUGUACCACAUCAACAACGGCAUCUUCAUCGGCGGCGGUUUGGAGACCGGCGUGACCAACCUUCUCAAGUCGCUGCAAGGCAGUAACCUCAGAGUGAUGUUUGCAAACGACACCAUGCGAGUCAACUCGGUCCAGAUCCCAGAGUCUGACAUCAUGGCUACGAACGGAGUCGUUCACUUUGUCAACCAACUGUUGUAUCCCGCUGAUAUCCCCGUCGGGAGCCAGGAUAUUCUCUCGCUACUGAAGAGGCUUGUUACUUAUAUGCAGAUUAAGUACAUUCCAGGCUUCAAGUACCAGGAAAUUCCGCUCACAUUUUUGAAGAGGGUCGUCACGCGAGUUGUUGGAGCUCCGGAAACCAAAGUGACAAGGGUCAUCCAACAAGAACCUUCCAUCACCAAGGUUACCCGGGUCAUUGAAAGUCAACCGUCAAUCACCAAGGUGACCCGAGUCAUUGAGAGUGACCCCACCAUCACUAAGGUCACCAGAGUUGUCUCGGGACCUCAGUCCUCCGUCAGUGGAGGCAUUUCUGUGGACGCCUCCACCAUCCACACGGAUAGCAAUUUUGACGGCGAGGGACUCGUCAAAAUGAUAAAAGGUGAAUUUUUAAAUGAGCGCUUUGUUCGUGCUCGCAGACAUUUGACCUGA